AUGCCUAUUCCAGUUCCCAAGUCCGACAAUCUCAAGGACCUUCUUAGCCUGAAGGGCAAGGUCGUCGUUGUGACCGGUGCUUCCGGCCCUCGAGGCAUGGGUAUCGAGGCUGCCCGCGGCUGCGCCGAGAUGGGAGCCGAUCUGGCCAUCACCUACUCCUCGCGACCCGAGGGCGGCGAAAAGAACGCAAAGGACCUCUCCGAGAAGUAUGGCGUCAAGGUCAAGGCCUACAAGUGUGAUGUCGGUAGCUGGGAUAGCGUGGAUGGCUUCGUCAAGUCGGUCAUCAAGGACUUCGGCAAGAUCGAUGCUUUCAUCGCCAAUGCUGGCCGCACCGCCAACUCCGGUGUCCUCGAUGGCUCCGUCAGUGACUGGGAGGAGGUUAUCCAGACCGACCUGAACGGCACUUUCCACUGCGCCAAGGCCGUCGGCGCUCACUUCAAGGAGCGCGGCACCGGCUCCUUCGUCAUCACAUCUUCCAUGUCCGGUCACAUCGCCAACUUCCCUCAGGAACAAACCUCCUACAACGUCGCCAAGGCUGGCUGCAUUCACAUGGCUCGCUCCCUUGCCAACGAGUGGCGUGACUUCGCUCGCGUUAACAGCAUCUCCCCCGGGUACAUUGACACCGGUCUGUCCGACUUCGUGGACCAGAAGAUCCAGGACCUGUGGAACUCCAUGAUCCCCAUGGGCCGCAACGGUCAGGCUAAGGAGCUCAAGGGUGCCUAUGUUUACCUCGUCAGCGAUGCCAGCACCUACAUGACCGGCAACGAUCUGAUCAUUGACGGAGGAUACACCGUCCGGUAA